UCUGAGCAAGUAGGAAAACACAUUGGUAGCUGAUGGCUUCUUAGCUUCAGUUCUUGUUCCCCUUCCCCUACCGAGUUGAAGCAAGCUUCAACAAUGGCAGAUCCAGUGACAGUUGCUGCUGCAGUAGGUUGGGGCAUGAAAGCGGCUGGCUGGGUUGUCUCACCCAUCAUCUCAAAUCUGGUGAAGGAAGGCUUCUCCUACCUUGGCUUUGACACAUCGGAGAAGCUCAGACAGCUCGAGAUGAAAGUUUUACAGCUCGAGCUGAUGCUAGGGCUGGAGGCAGUUCAGAUUUAUCCUCACAGGAAUCGCUUGGAGCCAUUGUUGAAGAACCUUCAAUCUGCUUUCUAUGAAGCCGAAGACAUCUUGGAUGAUGUUGAGUAUCAUCGUCUAGAAAGGCAGGUCCAAUCUCAUCCCUCUAAUAACAAGAGAUGGGUGCACAAGAUCCAUUCUAGUCUACCCAGUUUCUCCUUCAUCAAAAGACAGGGAAGUGGCAACAUCACAAGUGAGGCACCCCCUGGUAUUUCCAAAAAUAGAUUGAAGAAAACCCUGCAGAAGAUAGAAAACAUUAUCAACGAAGCACACAACAUUUUUCCCCUUUUGAACUUACCGAACCAUAGUAAUGUUGAGAAUAGAAGGUCUGUUGAUGCCAAUGCACACAGUCCAGUAACCACUUCAGCUCCUCCACCUGUAGUGAUGGGCCGAGAUGAGGAUCGUGACAAAAUUAUAUCAAUGCUUCAUGAGAAUGUAGAUGGUGUCAGAUCAACACCCAACGGUUCUUUAUCGCAUUCCUUAAUUGGCAUUCAUGGCAUCCCAGGAUCUGGGAAAUCAACCCUUGCACAGCUUGUAUGUUCUUGGGAGAAAAAGGACAAGCAAGAGAAGAAGGAUGGCCAUUUCGACCUUAUUAUGUGGGUUCAUGUUUCUCAGAAUUUUAGUGUACACAAAAUAUUCAGUCAGAUGCUUGAAGAGGCUACAGGGAAAAAUUGUCUCGAGUACAAAAAUCUGAACACCCUAGAGCAGAAGCUGGAGGAGGCACUGAGUGGAAAGCGGUUCUUCUUGGUACUAGAUGAUGUUUGGUACAACAGGGGCGAGAGCCAGCAAGAGCUACGGAAGAUAGUUUAUCCAUUGAUGAUUGGCAAGUCAGGGAGCAAGAUUUUAGUAACUAGCAGAACCGCUGAUACACUUUCAGCUCUUGGUGCAGGGAGAUGCAUUUCUAUAUCUGACAUGGAUGACAAUGUAUUUCUUAAAUUAUUCAUGCAUUAUGCGCUUGAGGGUGUAAGUGUAGAUGAAACAAAUCGAAGUAAAUUCGAAAGGAUUGGGGCUGACAUUGCAAAGAAACUCGGGAGAUCUCCUCUUGCAGCCAGUUUAGUGGGAGGACAACUACGUAUGACACCAACCGUUGAGUUCUGGAUGAAUGCUCGUGAUCGAGACUAUAUGAAUGAGACAAUGGGAGCGCUUUGGUGGAGCUACCAGCAGCUUGAUAAGCAGGUCAGACGAUGCUUUUCUUACUGCAGUAUUUUACCCAGAAGUGAAUUCAGACGAGAUGAGUUAGUUGAAUUGUGGUUGGCACAAGGGUUUAUUCGGACUACUGAUACAGGAGAAGACCUAGAAGUUGUUGGUCAUCGAUACUUUCAAGAAUUAGUGUCCGGCUCAUUUUUUAAGGAACAUCGAGGAUGGUUUGGUGAAACGGGUUACUUUACGGUUCAUGAUCUGCUGCAUGAUUUAGCUAAAAAAGUCGGGGGAAGUGAUUAUGUUAGAAUUAAGCAAGGUUGGACCGGAGAUCUUCCUCAGGAUGUUCGUCAUGUUUUCAUUGAGGCUUAUGACAAAACUUGGAUGCCUAAGAGAAUUUCCCAAAUGGAAAGUUUGCGCACUCUGAUUAUUGCUACGGACAGUACAGACGAAACGGUAUUUGAAAGUAUAUUCACGGGGAUGUUAAAAUUGCGGGUACUGAUAGUAAAACGUAAAUUGUUUCUGGAAAAGCGAAGGCAUUUGAUGUUACUCCCAAAAUCUAUGGGAAAAUUAAAGCAUCUACGCUAUUUUGAUUAUGCGUCGAAUGACUGUAAUAAAAUACAUUUACCGAGCACCAUUACCAUGCUUUACCAUUUGCAGGUGCUAGAUUUCGGUGCACUGUCACGUUUAGAAUUUCCGUCAGAUGAAGAUAUGAGUAAACUCAUCAACUUGCGUUCAGUAAGAGCACGCCCCUUCUACAACUGGGGAAUUCGUCACCUGGGCUGGCUGACGUCACUCCAGACAGUACCACUUGCCAGAGUAAAGAAGGAGGUGGGAUACGAGAUACAGCAGCUGAAGCACCUAAAUAAGAUCCGAGGCAGGCUGUGGAUCGAUGGUCUUGAAAGUGUUGGAAGCAAGGAGGCAGCUGUUGAAGCAAAUCUUUGUGCCAAGGUACACCUCAAACAACUAGGACUGUUCUGGGGAUACGAGAGCCGCAAUCUUCCGGAUGUUGAAGCAGAGGUCCUUGAGGGCCUUUGCCCACCUGUGGACCUUGAAACGCUAAAAAUCAAUGGUUACCAUGGCACAAGGUAUCCUACCUGGAUGGUGGGUCAGCAGAAUGGCCCCGAGGACUUGCAGGUACUGGCGCUCGAUGGAUGCAGCCGAAUGGAACGUAUUCCUGGAGAUAGUAAGCUGUUCACUCAUCUCCGUGUGCUCAAGAUUCGCUUUUGCAGCUGGGGCUCUUUGCCGGAUAACAUGGAACGACUCAUGUCACUCGAGGAAUUGCAUUUGUGGCGUUGCAGGGAGAUCACCACGCUUCCUACGCUGCCCCAGUCUCUGAAGGAGAUUUCUGUUUAUCAAUGCAGCGACGUGCUGCACAGUUCUUGUCUUACAAUCGGCCAUCCAAACUGGCAAAAGAUCGAGCAUAUUCCACACAAAGACAUAUCUCCUGCCAAAACACUGGAAGUUCCUGGGACGGACCAUGGUGUCAGUGCAUCGCAUUUGGAUAUUGGAACACAACCAGAAGAGGACGUUAAUUAAGCAAGGUGUGGAUGAGGUCUAAAAAAUAACAGUGCCAUUGCCGGAUUGUGAUCCAUUUGUUCCAUGUGCCUGAUGAGUGGGAUGGCGCGCGUCGUGGAGGAUCAUGUCUCGUGUUUGGAGGCUUCACUAAUAUCAUGUCCUGUUCUUGGUUAUCUGUUAAACACGAGAAGAAAAACACAGAAAAGCUGCGUAUUUUAGGCAGCACAAAAACUCUGUAGACGUCACCCUGCAGUUGUGUUGUAUAUGCUUUCAUUCUGUCUUACAGGACGAUGAUAUCUCUCAUUCAGAUGACUUGUCUGAUCAGGAGGAUUUCCUUCUGUGCUACAUUCAAGAACUGCUUUGAGAUUUUUUUUUUCCCUUACAGAAGGGUAAUUUUAUACCCGGCUCUACAGUCAAACGGACA